GAUACUCCCAAAGACGGGCUGACCAGCGCAGGUUGACUAGAUUUUCAAUGUUUGCAAGGAGUUCCCUCGGCCGCAUCGCGUCUCAGCGUCCGACGCUGGGCGCUGCUCCUCAAAAUGCCCGCAACAUGGCUACCCUGCGCGAAAUCGAGUUGCGUCUGAAGUCCGUCAGGAACAUCGAAAAAAUCACCAAAUCGAUGAAAAUGAUUGCCUCGACGAAACUUGCAAAAGCGCAGCGCGCCAUGCAAGCUGGCAAGGAGUACGGUUCAGCUAACUCCGAAAUCUUCCAGCACACUCCUCCAGAGACCCCAUCAAAGCGCAAGCUCUUCGUUGUCGUCUCGUCCGACAAGGGUCUUUGUGGCGGUAUCCACUCGUCUGUCUCCAAAGCUACCCGCCGUGCAUUGGCUGAGUCCGACCAAGCUGAUCCAGCUUCACCCGUCAUGGUCAUUGGUGACAAGUCAAAGGGCCAGUUGUCUCGCGUGCUCGGGCAGAACAUGGCCAUGAGCUUCAACCAAAUUGGCCGCGACAUCCCCACAUUCGCUGACGCUGCUGGUGUUGCUGACUUGAUCGUUAAGAGCGGUGUUGAGUAUGACAGCGUCACUAUUGUGUACAACAAGUUCGUCUCGGCUAUAUCAUACGAGGCUGCUACUGUCGAGGUCACCACCGAGAAGCUUCUCAAGGAGUCCCCUGGAUUCCGGGCAUACGAGAUGGAGGAUGAUUUCGCCAAAGACCUUGCAGAGUUCUCGCUUGCGAAUGCUAUUUAUGCUGCACUGGUCGAGGCUCAUGCUUGUGAACAGAGUGCUCGUCGCAAUGCCAUGGACAAUGCUUCCAACAAUGCGAAGGACAUGAUCGGUGCUUUGACUUUGCAAUAUAACCGUGGUCGCCAGGCUGCCAUUACCAACGAGUUGGUCGACAUUAUCACCGGUGCAAGUGCUCUGUAAUACCACCUUAUCACAUAGAAUACAUACAGACCUCGUUAGUGAGAGAACCUCGACCCGCUUCCUCCUAUUUGGUAUGCAUGAGUGAGCCUUGCUGCAGUCAGGAACUGCAGGGUCACAAUAGCUACCAUUGAGGGGGAUCCGAACUCGUAUAAUAUGCGUGUUUCCAUCCGUCUCGUGUUCCAAUCACAAAGCUCCAGUGGGGGUUUCUUCG